AUUCUUAUCUCGAAAAAAAACCCAGAAAGUGAUUAUUUUUAACUCCUUUGGUCCGUCUUAUUUCGUCGGAAACAUCGAGAAUUUGGUUACGAAUCUUUUGAUCUGACUAAACGUAGGCAGCUUUGAUCACAAUCUUGUGAAGAAGGAGACUGAAACCAAUACCAAUGCAAGGAGUCUCUUCAAGUUAAUAGAGAAUGAGUAGAAGGAGGACGGAAAAUGACAGUGAACCAGGACCAGUCACUUCUCAUGUUCAGGUGGAUAGGUUCGGGUUUCUCAAGCAAGAACAUGGCAAUUCACCUGAGCGUUUUAGCAAGCCUAGAACUACAUCAUCCACUGACCAUGACAGAGAGGAGAGAAAGGUGAGAAAAUGGAGGAAGAUGAUUGGGGUUGGAGGUAGUGAUUGGAAGCACUAUGUUAGGAGAAAACCUAAUGUUGUCAGAAGGCGUAUACGAAAAGGGAUCCCGGAUUGCUUAAGAGGUCUUGUUUGGCAGUUAAUCUCAGGAAGUCGGGACCUUUUGCUUAUGAAUCCUGGUGUUUAUGAGCAAUUGGUGAUUUAUGAAACAUCGGCAUCAGAGCUUGAUAUCAUUCGAGACAUAUCCCGUACUUUCCCAUCACACGUUUUCUUUCAGAAGAGACAUGGACCAGGCCAAAGAUCUUUAUACAAUGUCCUUAAGGCGUACUCAGUUUAUGACAGAGAUGUUGGAUAUGUUCAGGGGAUGGGGUUUAUAGCUGGUUUGUUGCUUCUGUAUAUGAGCGAAGAAGAUGCGUUCUGGUUAUUAGUUGCAUUACUAAAAGGAGCUGUUCAUGCUCCAAUGGAAGGAUUGUAUCACGCAGGGCUUCCUCUUGUACAGCAAUACCUGUUUCAGUUAGAAAGCUUGGUAAAAGAGCUAAUUCCGAAGCUCGGAGAACAUUUUACUCAAGAAAUGAUUACUCCAAGUAUGUAUGCAAGUCAAUGGUUCAUCACCGUCUUCUCUUAUUCAUUUCCUUUCCCUUUGGCUCUACGGAUAUGGGAUGUGUUUCUCUCUGAGGGUGUUAAAAUCGUGUUCAAAGUGAGCUUAGCAGUGCUGAAGUAUUGCCAAGAUGAGUUGGUAAAAUUACCGUUUGAGAAACUAAUACAUGCUCUGAAAACUUUCCCAGAAGACGCAAUGAAUCCGGAUACCUUGCUUCCAUUGGCUUACCCUAUCAAGGUAUCAAAGCGUUUGGAAGAACUGAAACUAGAGUAUGAGAAGAAUAAUGCCAAACCGGUUCAACCGUAGGAAUGGAAAACUGGUUGGCAAUAACCAGAACCAGAACCAGAAGCAGAAGUUGGAUUCGAAUUCGUUUGUCAUCCUUAUCUUUUCUUGUUGGAAUAUAUUCUUUUUUCAUCAUAUUUGUCAAGUUGGGUGGGAAUUUCUUAUCAGAAGCUCUCUCAUUCUUUUUAGCAAUUUCGUGGAAAUGAAAGCAUGCUUCAGCU